AUGCCAAACUGGGGAGGAGGUACCAAGUGUGCAGCCUGUGAGAAGACUGUGUACCAUGCAGAGGAGAUUCAGUGUAAUGGCAGGAGUUUCCAUAAGACCUGUUUCCUCUGCAUGAGCUGCAGAAAAGCGCUGGACAGCACCACAGUCGCAGCACAUGAAUCAGAGAUUUACUGCAAGUCCUGCUAUGGCAAGAAAUAUGGGCCAAAGGGCUACGGAUACGGGCAAGGAGCUGGAGCUCUGAGCUCUGAUCCCCCUGGACAGAACAUAGUCCAGCACCCUGCCGAUUCUAAACCAAGACCACCUUCAACAAACCCCAGCCCAAACAAAUCUGCCCAGAAGUUCGGAAGUUCAGACCGCUGUCCUCGUUGCUCCAAAGCUGUCUAUGCAGCAGAGAAGGUGAUGGGAGCAGGAAAGCCCUGGCAUAAAACCUGUUUCCGCUGUGCUAUGUGUGGUAAAAGCCUGGAGUCAACCACAGUGACAGACAAGGAUGGAGAGCUGUACUGUAAAGUUUGCUAUGCCAAAAACUUUGGCCCAAAAGGAUUUGGACUGGGGAACGCUGCCAUGUUGGAGGAACGACCGUGAACAUGCCAGGUAAAAAAAAAAAAAAAAAAAACCUAACAUUUACUGUGUUACAUUGUGUAA